AUGGCUUACCACCAAUCCCAUCUUCGUAGUGCAAUAGCAGGGAGGCGGCACUUGGGUGAUGCAUCGAUCGGGGCUAAGAUUGGCUUGUCGUCAAGGAGGAGUAGUCGAGUAGUGCUGGAAGGGAAGGAAUUGUUCCCCUAUAGCCCCUUCGAUUACGCCAUCCAGGAGGUCGAUUCCCAAGGGUAUGCUCGGGCCGUACCCUCGAGUGUGCGGAAGGUCAUGGCGAUGAGUCGGAGGAAGAAGGCGGCUUUGAAGGGAAUUGACCAUAAAAGGGAGCCCUCCAGUGUUAUUGAUAAUAAGAAAACGUCAUUCGUGUCCUUCACCCUGUGCAAAGUCGACAUGUCCACGCUCACAGCGAUCGCGAACAUCUCCAGCGCUACCGGAAUACCUGUCCAAGAAUUCAUAUUCACCGAUAAAACGGAUUCAUACGCUCUCACAGGCCAACGUAUUUGUGUGCGUUCGGAGUACCUCGCGAGUUUAAGGGAAUUCGAAGCCCAACAAAAUUUCCUCGACGGCUUCGGUAUCACUGAGUGUUCCUAUAUGGAGGAAGACAUCUCGCCUUAUGCUCCUCAUGUUGGUAAUUUGUACCGUUUACGAUUCCCAAUGAACUCUCAUCUAGUAGGAGAUGCGCUCCUCGUGAAGGACUUCCCUCGGGCGAUGCGACUCUUAAUAGAAUACUUUAGGGAGACAACAACGUCGGAAGUGCUGAAGGAGGCCGCUGAGGAGUAA